CAGACGGACACACGAGAGUUUACCUUGAAGACACAAGAUUCAAUAAGGAACUCAAGAUGACACUCCACACCUGUCUCAUGUUUUUCCUGCUGAUACAUGGAAGCCUCUCUCUCGCCAGACCGCAGUGUUACACAUGUGACCAAACAACCUGCAAGUGCUCAAGACAAAACUUUGAAAAAGUCCCUGUAACCCCUCUAAAGCUCGUCACUGAACUCGACCUGUCAUUCAACAUGCUGACAACCAUAGAGAAGAACAACUUUGAUGCACAUGCCAGUUUAAUAUCUUUGCUCAUGAACAACAACCAAAUCAACACGAUUGAGGAGCAAGCAUUUGCAGAACUGACUAUUUUAGAGAAACUGGACUUGUCCUUCAACAGACUGGAGAUGUUGUCUCCUGGAUGGUUUGAGAAGCUGUUUUCUCUUCAGCAUUUGAACCUUUUGGGCAAUACAUAUAAAACACUGGGUCAAGGUGGUCUUUUCCAGCCACUGAAGAGAUUGAGGAUCCUUUAUUUUGGAGGACCUGACUUUCUGUAUGUCAGAACGGUGGACUUUUCUGGCCUCAGUCAUCUUGAAGAAGUUAUUAUUGAUGGUGUGAAUUUGAAGGGCUAUGCAGGAGGAAGUUUAAGUCAAACUGGGCCAAUCGAGCGUGUUACACUCAGUCUAGGUCUUCAAUUUCGAAAAAAUCCAGUACUUGUCAGAACCAUUUUGACAGAUGUUGUUCAUGCAAACACAACCCUGACAUUCAGCAACACCAGGUUUUCCACUGUCCCUGAAAUGGUCCUGUUUAAUGUGGUCACAGACGGUGGAACAAGAAAUCUUCAUUUUAAGAAUGUGAACAUGUCAGGUGCAGCUUGUUACGCCCUUGUUUAUCGACUGUCAGGCUCCAAUAUAAUUAAACUUACUUUGGAAGAUGUAAGACUCUCCAUGUAUUUUAUGAUUCCAUCUUUGGACCUUGACUUUUUGUAUUUGGAGGAGGUAGUUCUAAAGAAUGUCAUUAUCCCACAAUUCUACAGGUUCCCAGCCCUGAUAUUUCUGGCACCUAUACUGAUGGUUGUUCAAAGGGUGACUGUGGUCAACUCCAAAUUGUACGCAAUACCUUGUCAAUCCUCUGUCUCUUUCUCACAUUUGGAGUAUUUGGACAUCAGUGAAAACUAUUUAACUGAUAUGGCUCUUAGUAACUUGAUGUGUGAUGGUAAAGGUGUUCUAGGGAGUCUGCAAACCUUCAAAAUCGGCUGGAAUAGCUUACGGGUGAUCAACAGCAGGAUCUUCAUGGGACUGGAAAAGCUUGAACAUCUUGAUAUAAGUGGAAAUGCAUUUCAUAGCAUGCCUGAGACUUGUUACUGGCCACCCAGUCUUCAGGUUUUGAACCUUUCUUCCUCUCAUUUAACAAAAGUGACAGCAUGUUUGCCACAGAGUUUACGCAUUCUCGAUCUAUCAGACAAUGCGUUGACUGUUUUCAGUGUCAAACUGCAGUUUCUUAAAGAGUUGUACAUCUCUGGAAACAAGCUAAGAAGUUUACCAGAUGGUGGUUUCUACCCUGGUCUUGUAAUGCUUUCCAUUCAAAAUAACGACCUGCAGACAUUUAGCAGAAAUAUUCUAAAUGCUUACAGCAAUCUGACAAGUUUAGAGGCAAGUACCAGCACAUACGUUUGUUCAUGUGACUUUGUGGUGUUCAUGAAGAGUGAAGUGGUCCAUCAUCAGGUCUCAAUCAAAGAUGAGUUCAAGUCGUACAUCUGCGACUCCCCUGAUGGAGAAAGAGGGAGAAGCGUAGGAGAUGUGAGCUUGUCUGUGUUCGAGUGUCACACAGCCUUGGCUUUUUCUUUACUCUGCUUGUUCAUCCUUGGAGUGAUUUUGCUCAUUGUAGGUUUCUGUAACAAAUUCAAUGUUUUGUGGUAUCUAAAGAUGACCUGGAACUGGCUGAGAGCUAAGAGGAAGCCCAAGUUAAAGAAGGGAGAGCUUGAGUUUGACGCCUUUGUGUCGUACAGCGAAAUGGACUCUGGCUGGGUGGAGGCACACCUGGUCCCUGAGCUGGAGCAGGUGGAGCCUCGUCUCCGGCUCUGCCUUCACAAGAGAGACUUCUUACCUGGAGGCUGGAUCCUGGACAACAUCAUGGAUGCCAUAGAGAGGAGUCACAGAACUCUGUUUGUCCUCUCUCAGCAUUUUGUCAGGAGUGAGUGGUGCAAGUACGAGCUGGAUUACACUCAUUUCAGAAUGUUCAAUCAUAACGAUGACUCGGUUGUACUGAUUCUGUUGGAGCCCAUUGACAAAGACAGCAUCCCCAAAAAGUUCUGUAAGCUCCGGAAGGUCAUGCACUCUAAAACAUACCUGGAGUGGCCUGAUGACGACACCCAGAUCCCCAGAUUCUGGCAGAGCUUGAGAAAAGCUACUUUGAGACCUGGAAUGGACAACAGCAAUGUGUAAAUCACACUGUGAGCUUAAACUUUUGGAUUUGCCUCUCAGGUUUUUAUUCUACGAGUUUGUUUCAUAGGCCAGCAUCUUUCAAUAUAUUACUAGUAUCUAAUGCUAAUGGUGUAAAGCUCACGCUAGCUGUCCUUCGAGCAUUACUAUGAAUUAAUGUGAGUUUGUGAAUAGAAAUAACAGCAUUACUGUAUGCUACUGCAACUAACAUUUGUUCUUGAAUUAGUUUGUAGUUUUAUCACUCUGUAGUUGAUUAACAUUACCAGAAUAUCACAUUUUUUCAGUAUUAAAAGGUUUUCUCUCAUCUUCAAGCAUGUCUACCAUUACCAUCUUACUUACUGAGCUUCUCCAUCUCUCUUUUAGCAAUCAAUGCGACACAUGUUCCUCUGGACAGCUGCUUUUGCAUGUUCCACGAGUCAGGUCUGAACUGGGAAAGACUGCCUUUUCCUAUUCAGCUCCUGACUCGUGGAACAGGCUACAGCAGCUGCUCAAGAUUACUGAGGUUUUACCUUUUGGGCUUUUUAGAAAUGUUAUUUUAAACCUUCAAUCUUAGCUCUGUAAUUGUUUUAUGUAAGUGUAACCCUUAUUGUCAUUUCAUCAUCACCAGUCUGAUGAUUUUAAUGCCCUUUUUUCAGUCUCACUCUGUUUCUAUUGUUUUGUAUUC